ACCAGCACCACAUAUGGAGAAUAUAGCAGCAGGACCACAAUCACUACCAUCCCGUACUCAGGGACCACUACGACAAGCCAAUCCUCAAUCCUCCCAACCCCAGCGCCGCCUGGCACUGUCUACGCGACCACGUACGGAGAUUAUUCCGAUACCACUACGUUGACAGUGAUCCCAUACAGUGGAACUGUAUCAGGCACAAUCUCCAUCGCGCCGCCUGGCACGGUCUACGCAACUACCUAUGGAGAUUAUUCCGAUACUACUACUUUGACAGUAAUUCCUUACAGCGGAACCGUAUCAGGUACAAUCUCCAUCGGCUCUCCAACGCCAGCGCCGCCUGGCACGGUCUACGCAACUACCUAUGGAGAUUACUCGGACACCACUACUUUAACAGUGAUUCCUUACAGCGGAACCGUAUCGGGCACAAUCUCCAUC